AUGCUAGGGGGGUUGCUUUCUCCUUCCAAUGUGCUGGAAGUUCGCGUCGUCCCUUCCCCGCGAAGGCACAAAUUGCCAACUAAUCAGCAAUUGCCGAGCAUCUCGGACGAGCAUCUCGAGACGCUCACAGCAACUCGAUCCCAAGCCGACAGGCGAGCAGCAGCGCGUACUGAAAACUUCGAGGAGGCGUUUGCAAUACUGCAAGCUGUGCAACACAUUCUCGGCCGGCCGAACCAAAACUACAUGCUCAUGGAAAAUACCCUGCACGCUUUGGAAAGUCGGAUGCGGACCUUGGUUCAGGAACUGUGCAAUCUCCGAAUGGAAGAGAUCCUCGAUAGUCAUAUUGAACAAGUUAUCUGGGAGGAGACCACCGAUAUCUAA